UCAAAUUAUAACGUUAAAUUUAGCUAUCAUGUUACUUAAAAUGGUUUAAAUUACAUUAUAAUUCUAUAACUGGAUUGAGUUCACAAGUGUAGGAUAUCUGUUUUCAUUAUGCUUUAAAAUUUUGUGAAAAUUUGGUGAUUUUUAAAAAGGAAAGUUGAAUGAUACGAGUUAUAUAUAAAUAACUACAAAGAAGAAAAUCUGUGGUUGCAUUUUGUCAUAGUUUCAUAAAUCGAAACUAACAGUUGAUUAUGCUCCUGGAAUGUUGACAGAAAAAAAAAUGUCACUUUGGAUGCCUUAAAAAUCCAUUAGAUUAAUAUAUUAAAAGAUGGACGUUGUUUUCUAUAACUUAGUAUAAGCUGUUAAGGAAUUUUAAAUAAAUACACUGUAAAAAUGGCGUCUGAUGAUGACAUGGAUAGCCCCAUAUACGAGGACUCAUCACAACAUGAAUUAAGGUAUCAAAUUAAGGUACUUGUCAUAGGUGACACGGCCGUCGGCAAAACUUCCCUGAUGUUCCAGUUCUGUGAUAAGACCUACAGUCCAAUAUUUAUCAGUACUAUAGGUAUAGAUUUCAAGAUAAGAACAAUAGAAUUAGACGGAAAGAAAAUAAAAUUACAGAUAUGGGACACUGCUGGUCAGGAACGCUUCAGAACUAUUACUACUGCAUACUACAGAGGUGCUAUGGGAAUUAUGUUAGUGUAUGAUAUAACAAAUGAAAAGUCAUUCGACAAUAUCAGGAAUUGGAUUAGAAAUAUAGAAGAGCAUGCAUCGAGAGACGUUGAAAAGAUGAUCCUGGGUAAUAAAUGUGAUAUGAACGACAAACGACAAGUCAGUAAAGAGAAGGGAGAACAGCUUGCAAUUGAGCAUGGAAUAAAAUUUAUGGAAACGAGUGCAAAAGCUAGUAUAAAUGUUGAAGAGGCCUUUUUCACCUUAGCAAGGGACAUCAAGGCAAAAAUGGACAGAAAAUUGGAUGCAUCAUCAGCUCCUAAAGGUGGAGGGGGUCAGAAAUUGGCGUCCAAUCAAAACCAGCCGAAGAAAUCAUGGUGGAAGUGUGCUAUUCUCUGAUUGGACAGUUCAAAUCUCAGUUGUUUUCUGAUUGGACAGAUAUUUUUUUAAAGAUUAUUUUUAUUGGUCAAUUUUGAAAUAAGGAUGGGUAUGUAUUCUGAUUGGAUGAAGCAAGAGUGACCAACUAUAGACUUGACAAACAGGGAAAAACUAGUGCUUUGUAUGAAAGGGAUCUCAAGGUCACUAAUGUCCAAAUGAAAGACUAUUUCUGAUUGGCCGAUAUGUGGUUACUCAAAUGCAAAGAGCGUUUUGAUUGGCAUUUGAAACAACUGCAGCAAUAUGCUAGUGUAUAGUAAUGACUUUGUUCAUGUAUAUAGUAUAGAACUAUUUAAUUACAUAGUAAUUUGUUUUAAAUGUUCAUUAUAAUUUUAUACUUAACUGAAGUCUGAAGGGUUUUUGCUUGAUGUGUAGAUGUGAUCAUAAGGUCAGGAGAAAGUAUUUUACACCAGUAAAAAUAAUAAAUGACUAUUUGUAUGAUUUGGUUUCAUGCUAUUGAGUUCUUAUAAAAGUAUCCUCUUUUCAUCGAAGCUGCAUGUAUAUGCAUAAUUUUUAAAUGAAUUAAGACAGGUUGACGUAGGCAUGUCCUUUGGUUGCCUGUAAAAGAAAAUACCUCUCCCCUGAUCUGAUAAUUUCAGUAUACUCCAUACAUGUACAUGCACUCAAGUUUUAGGAAUUAACAAAUACUUAUGAUGUUCUUGUAUUUUCUACAAGCUUAUUGUAAUCGGUAAAAAGUGAAGGUCUAAAGCUCCUGGCAGAUCAUUUGAUGUAUAAGAGUGAGCCGUAUGCACAAAGUUCUUCUCAGAUCUUAACUGUGAGAUAGGAAGGCAAAUGUUGUUAACAUGCAGAUUGAUGCCUUCAUCAGGCUUUUCUUUGACCAAAUCUUUACAUUCUUUUUGAUCGGGUUAUUAUUGCUCCAUUUUUAUUUCACAUUUUGAUAGACACAAUAAAGCGUGUUCCAAUGAAUAAAAUUUUAAUUAUAAUAAUUUUAAGCUGCAUAGUUUUUUUUAAUAUUCUUUUGGAAGUCAUGCAGCCAUAAUCUUCAUGAAAGUUUAAAGUUUUGGUGUAGCUCUUUUCGGGAAAAUUAACCCCAAAAAGACUAGUGUCGAAAAUCAACCAGUCCGCAGCAAGAUUGCUUAUCUUAUUUACUAUAUGCAGGCACAUUUCAGCUGUUCGUAUAGCUUAUAAGAUCAGCUAAUUGCUUUCUGCAUUUAGUACAUGAUGUAAAGUUACGUACAUAAUGUAAAGUUACAUACAUGAUGUAAAGUUACGUACAUGAUGUAAAGUUGUGUGCAUAAUGUAAAGGAAAUUGCUAAUUGUCACUACGGGUCUUCUACCCGUUAAUGGAGCUAAGUAUUCGGAGAUAUUGCUUCACCUGCCAAGCACAAUAUUCACAUCUGUCAUAAUAAAGCGUGUAUGUUUCUUUUGUUGUCUCAUGUUUUAUGUUUAAACUGGUAAACAUAUUUUAUUUAUUUGCUGUUCUAAAUUAAAAAGAUAAUUUCAUUUUUUUUUUUUUGAAAAUGGGAAAGGAAUUUGGACUAAAGACUGUUCGAGAUAUUCUGAUGUGUAAACUCUUGUUUUAAUACUGUUUAAUACCUAAUUAUGUAUGUCGAUACUUGUUUUUAAUGAUUAUUUUUAACAAGGUAUGGAUGUGACAUAGAUAUAUAUAAAACGCAAAAAUACUUUAAAUUAGAUAUACAGGUAGGCCUAAAUUCCUUCUACUUUAGACCAAAGCUUUUCUGCACGACUACAAAAUAAAUGCAGUAGAUAUUUUACAGACAACAUGGAUGUUUUUUCAUUAAACACUGCAUAGAACUUGCUUUAUAUAUUUUUGCAACAGAUAACAUUUUUUUCCAAAAUUUCCCCAAAAUAUUCAUUUCUAGAGGCGUUCAUCUUUAUUAUUCAGUGAAAUAUAUGGUUACAUGUUUACUUAAUAAUUCUAUCAUUUUUAUUAUUUUUCAUACCUUUCAGUUCAUCAGAUUCCUAUUGUUAGUUGAAUACCAGUAAUGGAAAUUGUUAAAAUUUUGAAAAUGUGUAUUUUUAGUUGAUUACAAGUGAUUGAUUAUGUUAAAAUUUUGAAAUAAUCAGUCGAUAGUUUUGUUAAUCAAUGAUCAUUGCUCGUCAUCUGGGUAAUGCUCCGCUAUUUUUUUCAAUUUUGAUCUUACUGACCUGUCACAAUAUCUUUUUAACUUGAGGACAAAAAAUAUCUUUUAUAUACAAGUGUUACAUUAUUCUUUAUGUAUAGAAAUGCAUGUGCAUUCUUUAUUUUCUAAGAAAUUGGUUCUUCUACAGAAAAAAAAAAGGUAUGAAUUUUAUCUGUAGAAUAUAGAUUUCCGACUGUAAAAUCUACUGUCAUUUUAAAGAUCUUUUGUUUCAAAAUAUGCCUUUUAUGUAAACUUUCUUUCAAUAUUUGUUUAAAUACCUAACUUAAAUUUGCAGUAAAUAAUAAAAGAAAAUCUUUUUAAUGCUAUUAUCAUAUGGAGGAAAUUCGGAAGAUCUUUUUGCUCAUUUUCGUAUUUUUGAAAAGUAACGGAAAAUCCUGCGUGUAAAAAAGAUAAUGGUCAUGUUACAUGUGGUAUGUUUAUAGAUGUAUGGCUGGGCCCAAAAAAAUAUUGCUACUUUUUAUGCUUUUCGUUUGUAUAGAUAUUAAGUAAGUGGUGUUAUUUUUAUCUCAAUAACUAAACAUAAAUUAUGCAAUCAUUUAUUGUUUUAUGUUAACAUUUCUUUAUGAAGUGUGUUAUGCCCAUUAUAUGCUGUAUUUAGCAAAUGAAAUAAAAAUUAAUCCUUAUCAUGCUGGACACGAUUGAAUCUGCCAUUGCAACCAGUGUAGAUCAUGAUCAGCCUGCACAUCCAUGCAGUCGGAUCAUUAUCUGCACUGUUCGCCAUUCAGUCAUUAUCUUUUUGGUAAGCACCCCUUUUAACAGUUAAUGGUACUGUCCAAAUUGAAAGAUGGACAAGUUCAUUAAAGAAAUUGAGUAGGGUAGGGGUUAAUAUUUGUUUGACAUAAUUCUUAACAGGAUUUUUCACAAGUUGCAAUACUUUAGAAAUGCUUCUGUCGUGACUUCAAUUUUUUUUGUCUCUAAAAGGACACGUUUUUUGAAAAAAGGUAAUUGAAAUUCUUGUGCAUGUAUCAUUAAAUUGACAAGUAAAAGUACCUUCUCUGUGAUUAGGGGAAUCUAAUUCGUAAGAAGAUCCAUAAGAAUUUGGAACACAUUUCGAGGUUUGAGCACAAUGUUGCCAUAACCCCUAUUAAAUAAAGGAGUUACGGUAGUAUUGUGCACAACCCUUGAUUUGGAAACAUAGAAUGCAAGCAAGCAGAGAUGGCAUAACUUUAGUCCCCUACAGUCGGCUUAAAUUCGAACCGCUAUAUUUUUCUUAUUAAAGUAAAUUGCAAACUAGAUUUUUUUUUUAUAAUCUGACUUUAUAUAUAUGUCUGAAUCUCAUUGUUAAUGAAUCCCGCCCACACAGCUAAAUAGGGAGAGCGCAGAUCUACGGAUCGCUGGGUCAUGAAUUUGAUCCCAGGGCGGGCUGUAUUGUCUCUGUGACGGUUUGAUAAAGUACAUUGUGUCAGAAAUCAUUUGUUCUUCACCUCUGAUCACAUGUAGUCACCUCAGUGCAAAAAGUGGAUAACUCCAUUGACUUACUCAAUUUUGCACUAAAGUGACGAUGUGGAAGUUGGCAGUUACAUGCGGAGAACAGGUUUGUUCUGGUACAGAAUCAAGUAACACUGGUUAGGUUAACUGCCCACCAUUACAUAACUGAAAUACUGUUGAAAAAAAGCGUAAAACCGAAAACAAAGAAACAUUAUUUAUGUAAAAGCAACCCUUUUAGAAUGUUGUACUUCUUUUACUCGAACUUUCUCAAAAGGUACUGUGCGAGAAUUUCUGUUACGGAAUAUGUGAACAGGACAGUAAUUAAACCUUUUCCAUUUUGUUAGUCAAAUUUUUGUUAAACACUGUUUUCAUAAUGGCUCAUUUUUAAAACAUUUGUUGUAUUAGUUUUUGUUGUUUUCAUAUACUGUAUUAUAUAGUGGGGUUAAAUAUGGAUUAGAAGGAAGUUAAAUUUCUGAUCUUUGCAAUUAAACGGAGCUUGGGAGAGGCAGAGAUUUCCUAUACAGAACACUAUUCACUUGAGGUUGCAACAAAAUUCUUGAGUUAUCUAAGUCUUCGAGCGUUUUGAAUAUGAAAAAAAAACAUAAAUGGAAAAUUGGUGGGGACUACAUAAAUUGCUUGACUGAGCCCAGGAGCUUGAGUCAUUGAUACUUAAUCAAAUUUUAACAUACGGCCCGCCUGGGCCCUGCGAUCCAUAGAUGUUUGUACUGGUACAGAGACCAGGAAUACUGAUUAAGUGAACAAGCUGUUGUUGUUACACAGCUAAAAUACAAUUGACAAACAGUGUAAAACCCAAAACUAAAAUGAGAUAGUCAUUAUUGAUCACUUCAGGAAAUCGAGGCCUCUCGAAUAAUGCUGAACAGUAUGGGGAUAUAGUUUUUCCCAGUACUUAAUGUUGUAAAAUGAAUUAUUUUAUUUCAUACAAAAUUUCAUGUUUUUUUUUUGUUUUGUUUUUGCCAGAACUACUAUUUUGUUGGACUUUAGUUUGUGGAUUUCAUAUGUAUAGAGUAAAAUUACAGAGAUAUUUUUUCAAUGGUUGGGUCAUAAUUUCUUGGACUGGCAUAACCACAAAAUCCAUAAAAAUUAUUACCCCACAUGAUUGAAUUAUUUCACAGUAUACACACGUGUAGAUGCUUAUUCAAAUAAUGUAAAAUAGUACUGUUUAUACGCUUCUUUUUAUCUUUUGGGAUGGGAGGGAAACCAUCAAACCAUUAAAGGGAGAUGCAAGUCAGCCGUUAGACAAAAAAAAAGAGAUUGUUUAUGGUGAACUUUGAUUUUAAAGUUUGCUCCAUUAAGAUUAAAAUGGGUCAAGGAUAGUAAGUGAUGGGAUAGUAUAUUCCAGAUUUCAAAAAUGAACUGUAAUUACUAGACAUUGAAGCAGCUUUUAUGUCAGGUGUAUGAUGUGUAGAAAAGUUUUCUGUCUGUCACUUUAAUUAACCAAUUAAACAUGAACAGUCCUUUACUGUUACUAAAAUCAAGUAUUAUUCCUGAUGGCUUGAUUUUUGCUACAAAUCAUAAAAAAUUUCACGGACAAAUUCAGAAUAUUAGAGUAUCGAUCUUCAUAAUGCCAUAGAAUACAAGGGGCCUCCAUGGUCCGAGUGGCUAAUAUUGCUGAUGACAAAUCACUUGCCCCUCAUUGAUGUGGGUUGAGCCUACUUGACUCGGGGUAUUGAAUUCUUCAUGUGAGGAAGCCAUCCAGCUGACAUAUGGAAGGUGGUUCUACACAGGUGCCUUCUCGUGAUGAGAUAAUGCACGGAGUGGCACCUGGGGUCUUACUCCACCAUCAGAGCUGGAAAGUAGCCAUGUGACCUAUAAUUUUGUUGAUGAGACGUUAAACCCAACAAAGAAAGACAUAGAAUACAAAAAUCACAUUUGCGAAUUCUCAACACAAGGUUGCUUACUGUUAAAUUGCUAAACAAAGCCUUUACAAAAAUUACUCCCUCAACAGCAUGGGUCAGUUCCAUUAGUCAUCUUUCUAUUUAUGUUUUAUAUAAUUUAUGAAUACUUCAAAGUUUCAGUUGCUCAUUUUUGUUGAUUUUCUCAAUGCUACAUGACUAUCUUUAUUUAAAGUUGUUUCACAAAUGAUAGUGUGUAAAACCACAAGGUUGUUGAAAAGAAAACAAUUACUUUUUGUGAAGCGGUCAAAACUCUUAAAACUUAUUUUAGAGGACAUUUUUUUUUUACGACAUAGCAUCUUAAAAAAUUCUGGGGUGUACUUAAAUUUUACUUUUGAUUCAAAUUAUCUUUUUGACUUCCUUAACAUGAUUGGUAUUUCAAAAAUUAUUAUUAGAACCUGCCAUUUUAUUGGUUACGGGUUUAUCCCGCUACCAAAGUUAAGUGUAUUUUUGACAAUCAUUUAGCAUCUUUAUUUGAUUCCAAAUCACAUCCAAAGGAAUUUGUUCAUGUGCUACACAAAGUAGUCCCAUUCAUGAACAAUGAGGAUGAAUUAUCAAUGAUCAAGUAGUUCUUAUUCAUCCUCUAUCCAUUCACACUGGCCAUUUAGAUUAUAUAGGAUCUGUCAAUGAUUAGGUAUUCCAGCCCAUGGUUACAUCACUGACUUCCAGCUGUUCAUGUAAGGUCAGGCAGAGUUUAUCUUAGAUCGAGGCAUAUUAGUAUUUGUUUCUUAUACAUGUAUACAUGUAUUUAUAGAUUGGCAUUUAAAAUGAAAAUAACUCUAGCAAAACCCGCAACCACCAGACAUCUCAAGGCUUUGAUUUAUAAAUGGGAUUAAGAAAAUUACAAUGGCAGUGUUUUAAUAUUGAAUGUCUUGUUAAUUUAACUUACCAUCGUAUUUGUUUAAAAUAUUGUAAUUUUUUUGACGAGUCAUUUUAUUUAAUAUUUGCAAGACUUUUUUUCAUCAAAUAAAUUACACAGCCAUAUAUGAAUGUAAUGAGAGCAAGUAAAAUCAGGCUUUUUAGCUCAACUUUUCAAAGAAAAAGUAGAGCUAUUGUACUCGCCCCAGCGUCAGCGUCGCUAUUGGUUAAAGUUUUUGAUAAAGUCAAAUAUCUCUGUUACUAUCAAAGCUAUUGACUCGAAACUUAAAAUACUUAUUUACCAUCAAAGUCUACACUAGGAGAAACAAUGCCCAUAACUCUGAUUGAAUUUUGACAGAAUUAUGCCCCUUUUUAACUUAGAAUUUUUUGUUAAAAUUUUUGAUAAAGUCAGAUAUCUCUGUUACUAAUAAAGCUUUUGACUUGAAAUUCAAAAUAGUUAUUUACUAUCAAAAGUCUACACCAGGAGACACAAUUCCCAUAACUCUGAUUUGAAUUUUGACAGAGUUAGGUCCCAAUUUUUUUUACUGGCAAAGCUCCAAUUCAAGCACUGAGAAAAGUCGAGCACGCUGUCUUACGGACAGCUCUUGUUAAGAUUGUCAGCAGCAUAUAAGAUUUAUUAUAAAAGCAAUAUAUCACAGAAUCUAAGAUACCUUAUGCAGUUGUGUACAUUAUAGAGUCCUUAACACUAUUUUGCAGAAUGUAAGGUCCUUGACAUUGUUCGACAGAAAUUAAAGUCCUUUAUGUUAUAUAAUAGCAGAAUAUAAGGUCGCUCACAUUGUUUGCAAGCAAUUUAUUUGCCAUAAUUUAGCAAAAUGAAAAGUCCUUAUCAUAUUUAGCAGAAUGUAAGGUCUUUGACACUAUUUUGCAUAUUUUAAGGUCCUUUACAUGUUAAAUUAAUAUCAUAGAAUGCAGUGUCCUUAACCAAAAUUUCGCCGAAUGUAAAGUCCUUGACCAAUGUUUGCUAAUACGUGUUUACAUUGGGGACUUUUUUUUUUUUCAAUUAUUAUUUUAUAGAAGUAAUACGGUACAAGAAAAUAUACUCUGUUUUAUAUGACUGUUGUAAUAUAGUGUAAACAUUGACCCUUCUCGCAUUUCUGGUAUCAUGUAUCUUUAUAACAAGUAUCGGCUUUUAAUAAGCAAAAUCAGUCAAUAAAAAUAAAUAAUUUU